CAGAUAAUACGAGCGUCGAGUCGAUUGGGGUGGGAGCACGUUACGCCUCAUGACGGGCGGUUCGUGCUCACAGCUCCCCGCUCCUCUUCCCCUUCUACAUACAUGGACGCCGAAAUGGAUAUCCCCCUCUUCUUCCGCGUGUCUACCAUGGCAGCACUAUCGACCAGCACGCUACUUCCUUUGGACAAUGUGAUGAGCAUGGAAUUGGGUAAAACUGCUCCUGGAUUGGACCCGAUUAACGUUCCUGAUGUCGUUCGAUUGCGGUCCGAGCAGGACUGCGACGAAGCCUUCCAAUUGCUUAUGUCUAUCCUGCGGCAGCCUGAGCUGGGCUUAUACAUACGUCACAUCGAUAUUCUUCGAGACACGCAAUUCCAUGGAUGGUACAAGCCGACCCCAUACCAGAGGUUUAUUACGGAAGAGGACGGAUUGUUACUACGAUUAGCUGUUCGUAAUGCAGGAUGGUACGGCGCGGAGGAGGAGUUGGUCCUUAAUAUGUUGCUUCAACGACAUUUUGACCUUGACUUCUCCCAUGGCUUUCAUUCUUCCCGCUCUCGAGGUGGUCGACAUACUCGAGGCUCACAUAUGAUUCAAUCACUCGCAGCUCUCCUAAUGUCCGUUUGUCCGAACCUGGAAUCUCUAAAAAUCCGCCCAAUAGGACGAUUCAUGAAGGAAGGUUACCCAGCAUUACCACUCGAGCAAUUUCUAUUACAUUCUACCAGCAUAUUCAAUUCGGUAUUUCUUCAAAGAUUACGGCGGGUCGACUUACUACACACCGACGACGCCCUUGAUAAUGAUCCAUUAUUCUUCAACCGCUACGACCUAUUAUAUCACAUGUCUCUCUUCCACCAAUUACCCUCCAUCGAACACAUCUGCGUUGGCGGCAUGGAAAUCGACGAGAACGGCCGUGAGGAUUUUGCUCCGUUGACUUCCAACCUCGGUCGAAUCGAACUCCUUCAUUCUGUCUUACCGACAAUGUUUCUCUGCUCAAUCAUUGCAUCCUCAAAAACACUUCGACAUUUUACACAUUCUGUUGGCGGACGUGCCACCCAGGACACCGGCAACUGGCACAUGGCAUUUCCGGCUAUUUUUAGGGCGUUACUUAUUCAUCGUGAAUCACUAGAAUCUCUCAACCUCGACACGGACGCGGACUAUUCGGAUGAACUCGAACAAGAAGAAUUCGAAGAAUAUCUCGGCGAUUUGUCUCACGAUGUAGACGUCAAUGAGACCGAGGAAGAGCGCAAAGCAUUUAUGAAUAAUAAAUCAGUCGUUGAACUUGUAUUCAUGCAAUCGGGAAGUCUCCGAAAUUUCACAGCUUUGCGAAGACUGAACAUUGGGGUGCGAUGUCUUUUCCAUAUGGCACAUGGCACUACUGGCGACUUUGCCUCCUCCAACCUGUUUCUUGCCGACGUCCUUCCCCCGCAUUUAGAAUCUUUAUCGAUCCGCGGCUACCAGCCUGGUAUGAACUCAUUAUACGACGCUCAUAUACAGGAUCUGUUUCAAAAGUUUGUUGCUGGACAACUAGGCUCAUUGAAAGAAAUAUACGGCAUAAGCGAGUAUAUCCCCAAUUCAGCGACGGUGCAUCUUGAUGAUGUUGACAGGUAUCCGGAAUUGGUGUGGAUUGAUGAACGGGAUGCCAUUGUUUAGCACUCGCAUAUACCUCGACCAUGCCCACCAUACACAUACACUCGACCAUAUGCUGCAUCAUACUCCAUCAUAUUAGCCGUUAUUUAUUCCUUAUGGACCUCAUUGUUUUUUUCAUGACUAGAUAUACCCAUUUUGUGUACCGAAAUAGAAUUGCAUUGCGCAUUUUUUUCCUCUACCUUUGAUCCUGUUUCAUCGCAUCAUGACCAAGCCGAUUCUUCAAGUUUUUUAUUCGCAGAUAGAAUCAUCCAUGACUCAAGUCAGUGUACGAAUACAGACGUUGAAUUCGAAUCUUCAGGC